GCGCCCAGACCUGCGUCAAGUGUCACCUAACGCCGUGAGCGUCGCCCGGCCUGGGCGGGCGGGGUCGGGGACCCCAGGUGCGGUCCCCAUGGGGAUGUGUUUUCCCUGCCCCGGGGAGUCCGCGCCUCCCUCCCCGAAUCUGGAAGAGAAAAGAGCAAAGCUUGCAGAGGCUGCAGAGAGAAGACAGAAGGAGGCUGCAUCUCGGGGAAUUCAAGAUGUUCAAUCUGUGGAAGAAAAGAGAAAGAAAAAAGAAAAAAUAGAAAAACAGAUGGCCACAUCUGGGCCCCCACCAGCAGGUGGACUUAGAUGGACAGUUUCGUGAAGCAUAACAUGAAUGGAAGAGUAUUCUGCCAAUAACUGUUCUACACCUGCAAUCAGACAGACUUGCUCAAUUUAACUUCCUCUCGUAGACAUGAACAGCCAAACUUUGUGUUAUUAGUGCCUGUAAGUGCAGUGCUAAAUCCAUAUGGAAAAUAAUGGUAAAAAUUUUGAUUUUUCAAACUUAGAAAAUGGGCAGACCCCUCAUUAAAUUUUUAUUUUGCUGCACUUGCUGCUUUUCUUCAGGAAGUAAGUAAUUUGCCAUUUAAAAAAAAAACAUGGGUCUAAAUACUAAAAAUGACAUAAAAAUGCAGCAUAUAUCUCAAAUACUUAAAUGAUCAGUUAUAUUUCCCUUCUUUAUAAAACGAUCUAGCUACUUAAACUUGUGCUGAGUAUCCUGUCUCUUUAUUUCACUAUAUGUAGAUGUUUGUUUAAACUUACAGAUUGAGUGCCUUUAAACUGAUAACCAGGGAAAAUCUUAUAAUGUUAUUUGAAGGGCUCAUGUGCAGGAACACUAUGAAUUUUUAUAACUUACUAAGGAAUGAAUAUUCAUAGGCAAAUGCUGAAUCUCUUCUAAUUUAUUUUCUACUUCAGUAGCUUAUUAAAUUAACAUACUGUGCUUUACAUUAUAAUAAGGCUUUUCUUUGCUUGUUUAAAAUUAUAUAUUACUUGUAUCAUCAAAGAUUACUACUGUUAAUAUCAGACUCCGCUUCAUACAGAUCUAUGCUAUAAUUGAAUGAAGUUAACCAACCUGGAUUAAUUAUAAGGAGUGGUAAUAUACUUAUCCAAAUUUUAUAAACAUUUUUACCCUUUUUUAUUUGUCAAAGAAUAAUUAUAAAGUUUAUGUUGAUGUGAAGCUGCUAAUGUAGUUAUGAAUGUAAGAAAAAGAAAUGUAUAUUUAAAAUGUCUGCUUUAAACAUAACCUAUUAGGGGAUUCUAUAUGAUGUACUCAUAAAAGCUUUAUAGACUUAAAUGUAUUAGGAAUGUGAGAUUUAUGUCAUUUGUUCUUUUAUUUUUCUUUUUAAUGCAUAAUAAACUAAGAUAGAAGAAAUAC